AUGGCUGUCUACCAUUUGUGCAACGCCACCUGGGCCAAGGUUGGUCAAGUCAUCGAAACCAGGCCUGUGGUAGAGACUACCGUAUACCACGAGGCCCCAAGAAUCCGGAUCACGCACUGCGUACCUCAGACCCGGUGUUGCACGUGCAUCUCGGAUGGAGACGAAUACCUCAUCUACAAACAUCGCAAAUGCGGCACUAACAUUUACCUUUGA